UCCAAUGGCAGACGACGGCAGUUCGCUUUCAGUCAGCCCUUGAAUGUGGGGUGAAUAAAUUCCGAGUGUGUUUUGAAAAUUUGCAAAGUUGGCACAAUGAUGGCGCACUCGCCCGGAGCCGCGAAACGAUAAUCCGGGUGAUGGACGAUUCCGGGCGCGAAAGCAUGCUCAAGGACUGCUAGUUUAUUGUUUACGGUUUUUACGAUUUGACUGUGAUGUAUUCGCCUGAUAAAAUGAUGGGGUCCAAAGGACCCACCGGACUGCACGGACCCAUCACCUCUACCGGAGCCUGCUUUGCGGGCAGAUACUCGCCAACCUACCGGAGUCCGGAGCCCAUGGCGAGGAGGUGUAUGCCCAAUCCGUCGCAAAACAACUUUGUGCCAGACCUGAAGGUAUUUUCUUCAGACUUCCAUUCUAAAAGUCGGAUAUUGGAAGAUGCCUCCAUUAUGUGCAACUCAUGGUCGCCAAGACAUAACGGCGAUCUCUUUUCCGGACUGAAUGACGGCCUCAUAAGUCGAGCCGAAGCGCUCGCCGCCGUCGACAUCAAACAUCAGAGCUCGGGGGGACCUGGGGGACUUCCCCAGCUCAAACAUGACAUGAUGUAUCACCACAGCAUGGGGGCGCCGCCGCCCGUCAGCAGGCCCCAUCAGAUGGGCCACAUGGACGGCUUGGAGAUGCUCGACCCCAUCUCCACCUCCUCCAUGACCACCCUCACCCCCAUGUCGGAAACCUCCUCCCACAUGCACUCGUACGGCAUGAACCACGUCAUGAACCACCACCACCACGGCGGCCCCGUCGCCCCACACCCCGGCCACCAUGGCGGCCACCCAGGCGCCCACCACCCGGCCAUGGCCGCCGCCGCCGCUGCCGCCGCCGUCGCCGGCCUGCACCCCGACGCCGACACCGACCCGCGCGAGCUGGAGGCCUUCGCCGAGCGCUUCAAACAACGCCGGAUCAAGCUGGGGGUCACCCAGGCAGACGUGGGCAAAGCCCUCGCCAAUUUGAAACUCCCAGGUGUGGGAGCGCUCUCCCAAUCCACCAUCUGCCGGUUCGAAUCGCUCACCCUCUCCCACAACAACAUGAUCGCUCUGAAGCCGAUCCUCCAGGCCUGGCUGGAGGAGGCCGAAGCCCAGGCCAAGAACAAGAGACGGGACCCGGACGCCCCCAGUGUACUACCAGCAGGUGAGAAAAAGCGCAAGAGGACGUCAAUUGCAGCGCCGGAGAAGCGCAGUCUGGAGGCCUACUUCGCAGUGCAACCGCGACCUUCAGGUGAAAAGAUUGCAGCAAUUGCCGAAAAGUUGGAUUUGAAGAAGAAUGUGGUGCGAGUUUGGUUUUGUAAUCAGAGGCAGAAGCAGAAACGGAUGAAAUUCGCGGCGCAACACUGACCGGAUGUUAAUUUCGGGUUUCCGGUGAAUUAGUGGCUCAAAGCACUGUAUAUAGUAGACGACACUUGGUACCUAACUAUUUGGGCGGAGAAAAUCGCUGCUGGUUUACCACCCUUGUAACAUACUUCAUAGUACAAUUUUUAUACAAAGUUAAUUCACGUCACUAUCCCUAGGUCGUAGAGACUUACUGUAACUGUAAAUAAGUCUAGUCAGCUCGCUGUAUAGUUCAAUGGACCAUUAUAGCACAAACAGUAUUAAAAAUGAAAUUUUAUCAGUAUUUUGGUCUCGAGUGAUAUUUAUUAUUUGUUCGGAUUACAUCAAGGCCAACUGCGAACGCAACAUCCAGACAAAAAUGCAAAUGUUGCGCUUUUGGCAGCCGGACUUGGUGUAGUUAUUGAAAGUGCAAUAUAUAUUUUAGGCAAUAUUAUUGUAAAUAUUUUUGUUACGUUACGAGACUUUGUUCCAAUAUAAGCAAUAAUAUAUAGACAUCGGCUCACCCUUCAGAUCCUUAUUACAGGGUAAAAAACAUAUCACGAUUUACAACAAAUUACCUACAUAUCAAUGAAAACUCAUUUACUUUUAGUCGCAUUUGUGUAUAAAUUAUUCAUCAAGACUUGCUUUCGAUACACACGAGCAAUAACCGAAAUUAUUAUCAUUUACAACGAAUAGUUUAUACACAUUAAUACGGCAGCUUAGAUUUUUGUAAAUAAAUAAAGACAUUUUUGUAAAUAUAGUCCAUUCCAAAGAGUGUUAGAAACUUUUUAAAUAUAUAUAAUAGAGUAAAACUAACUAAUAAAAUUCAAAGGUUUCGAAACAACUGAACGAUUUUUAAAUGAUACUGUGAAUAACCGCUUCCUAUAUCAUUUAUUUUAUUCGAUUGUAUAAAUAUAGGUCUGAAAAAUGGUCAAAGUUGUACUUUUUUAUUGGUCCUAUUGUAAAAACUUUCUAUAGUUGAGUCAUGUAAUAACAGUACAGUCAAUAAAUCUUGGUGUUACACUAACAUUCGUUUCAUUUUUAAUAAUUUUCAUUUCCUCCCACAAGACUUGUGUGAGCAAAGAACACAUUUUUAACGACGGUACUUUUAUUAUUUCAUUAUUCAUGUAAAUAUAUAUAAUAAAAAUACUAUUACGUCUU